GUGUAUCACAAAACAAAAUGGCUGCCAGUCUUCACCGCGAGUGAAGGAAGACAACUAUUCAGCGUUCCUUACGAUCGAGAGAGGAUCGAGAGAGCCCUAGAAACGGGAGAGGACCAGCCAUGAGCGAGCCAGCCCUACAAACUGCUGCCAAGAGGCGAAACAGACGUAAGAAGAAGAAGAACGCGGCUGGGAAACCUGAGGGCCCCGAGACUGGGGAGACUGCUAGCGGAGGUGGAGAAGGAAACAUGCCUAAACAAUCUACAGAUCAGGCUGAAGGUGUGGUGACCACGACCAAAUGUCAGAGAUGCAAACGACCAUUCAGACAGUUUGUCAGUCCAAGUACCCCGACCUCUGAUUCAGCACAGCCAUGGAGAAUGUGUCCCCACUGCAUGUUGACGUCGGAGGAAGACAAGGUGGCGGUCGUCAAUGGAAGCGGAGGCCAGCCGUCAUCCCAGAAAGAUCUCGCUGUCUACGGUUGCAACUGUUCUGCUUGUGUGGCCAAGAGAGAGAGUGCUGCGGCCACACCGGAGGUGGAGAGAGAAGCUCAGAUUACUCAGAACUAUUGGAUGGAAAUCCGACACAUCGUCAGGUGUAUCUACCGCGACAACAUGACCCUCGAGAGUCAGACCACCAGGACCUCUAUUGGAUCGGACAAGAUGAGGAUGAUUGUGAAGAGGUUAUGUGGCCGAGAUCCUCACCAGUUCUUCCAGAGAUUGGAGACACUUGCUCGGGAGUACCUACUGGAGGUCAAGGUUCGUCUCCUAGAGCAACUGUCGUGUGGGUUCAACUCACCUCAACUGGCCAUUGAGUUCAUUCAGAUGUUACUGGACGAGUACUCCAGCCUCACCAGCUCCCUCCCUCCCCUCCUCUACCUCCUCGAACCACUGGAAGAGAGUGAGUACGUCCAGAGUCUGGGUGUCACUGUUGAACUCAUGAACAAAAACAUCUUCAGAGAACUCAUUUUCGCCGAAUCCUUCAUGAACUCCAACCUUCCACUCAUCAUUGCACAACUCAGACUCGCCAGUCUGGCCUCAGACCCAUACCACAGGAACACGGCCGAUGCUCUCAGUCAGAGGUAUGUGUCUCUGGACCGCGAGAUGGAGGAGAUAAGCUGUGUGUGGAGGAAUGCCAAGGAGCACCUUAAUCACCACCACCACCACCACCAUCAUCACGAAUCAAGAAGACCAUAUGAGAUCAAGGCUGACGGAAAUGAAUUUGUGAAAAUGAAAAACUCGUCUCAACAUCCACUGCACAAGAACAAACACUCGGACUCUAACCACAGUAGAAGAGGGGUGGGGCCAGUUGGCAUGGCGAUGGAGCAGGACACGGAACACGCAGCGCAGCUCAACGAGUGGUCAAAACUUCUCUUCAAAUGUAUUCGACCAAUUGGGGAGCCAGAGUUUCGUCACAAUGGAGAGAUUGCAACGCACACCAUCACAUUGAGAUUAGACAUGACCGAGUUGGACCUUCACGGAGCCACACCCACCUGUUGCCGUAGCGACCUAAGGAAGUACCGGAGACUGGGGCUGUCAGUGGACGAGAUAGUUGAGGUCUCCAUGAAACUGGCUUCCCUCAAGAGCCUCGGCUUCAACCUGAAGAUUGAGGACCUCUUUGACGAGGAGGGGUUUUCCCUCUCCGAGGUCAAUCAGGCUCUCCGGAAACCACGGCAACAGACAAGACAACAGGAGGAAGGUGGGAGAGGAGGAGGAGGUAGAGGAGGAGGAGGAGGAGAGAGGUGGAGAUGAUGUGUUCUUCAUUGAGAGUGAUGAAGAUGAAAACAAUGAGGAAGAGGAGAGGGAGGGAAGAGGAGGGGACAUACAACUCACACAUCUCGAGAGGGCCGAAAUGAACAGAGCACGGGAGAGGAUUCUAAGGAGACAGGAGUCUGGAAACUCUCAGAGCAGACUCAGCGACUUCCUUCAGGGAAUGACGAUGAAGAUAAGGUUCAUGAAGAGACUCACUGGGGCCGAUGAGGUCAGCUUCGCCCCUGGCAACGGAGGCGGGAAGGUGAUGUUCAGUUCAUGUGACCAGGUGCAGAUGAAACUGACGCAACUGGAACUCAAUAGUGUACGACUCGUCUCCAGUAGCAACUGCAUCGGAAAUGACCUGGGGCUGUCCGAAACUCCGCCUACUGCCAGCGUCCCAAAAUGAUGGUACGGGAGUCGAAGUAGGAGAUGUAUGAGAGCCUUCGUACACACUGACUCCCAUCAGGAGUUCAUGGACCUGUUGCUGGAGAGACGAUACAAUCUGGACGCCAUGGUAACCAAGAAGGAGCAGGAGAGAAGAGCAAAUGACGAGACUGAGGAGAGGAGACAA